AUUUCAUAUGGGAAAAGCGAAAGAUCCAUCCUAAAGCCCUCCUUGCAUCUCUCCCUACUCACCUCGGGGGAAUCAAAUACCCAGAUAUCGAGGUAGAGCUCAAUAUUAGAGCUGCACACCUCAUUUCCAAAAUUUUUAGCCCCAACCCACCUUUCUGGGCCAAGGCAAUGAACCACAUAACAAUGCAAGAACUAAGAGUCUCCCUACCUUAUCUCGUCUUUAACCAGAAAUCAACUCAUAACAAAUCUGAACCCAGACUGUCUGGCCUCAAAGCUUGUAAAAUGAUUGAAGCCAAACAGCCUG